GAGGUUAUUUUGGUAUUUACACAGCAAGCCUCCAAAUCAACCGUAAUUCCAUAUCUACCCCUUUCAAAUUCCACCAAAAAGGACAAUAAUACCCUUUCCCACACAGUUUCCAGUAAUUGAUGAUAAAACGGUAGAAUCACACACACACACACACACACGUUCUUCUUCCUCCGUACAAAUUUCUGCAAAACUUUUUUCGCCUUCCUUUUUCUUCCUUCUCCCACCAAAUCUUUAUUCCCAAUUCUCUGUCGAAGAAGAGAACACAGAGUAGUUCAUCCAUGGCGGUGCCGAUUCUACUGUACUAUUCCUUCCUUUUCUUCAGUUUCACUCCACUCUCCAAAUCGCAGUCGUUUAUCGGAGUGAACUACGGCCAGGUCGCCGACAAUCUCCCGCCGCCGGAGGCGACGGCGAAGCUCCUCCAGUCCACCGCAAUCGAGAAGGUGCGUCUCUACGGUUCGGAUCCUGCGGUAAUCAAGGCAUUCGCCAACACCGGAAUCGGAAUCGCAAUCGGAGUAUCCAACUCCGACAUACCGGCUAUGGCGGCGGAUCCGAACUUCGCCAAAAACUGGAUCGGCGCCAACGUCGCCCCCUUCCACCCGGCCAGCAAAAUCAUACUCAUAAACGUCGGCAAUGAAGUGAUGUCGUACAACGAUCGGAAUCUGAUGGCUCAGCUGCUGCCGGCGAUGCAGAAUCUCCAAAAUGCCCUCGAUUCCGCCGAUUUAGGCGGGAAAAUCAAGGUCUCUACUGUCCAUUCCAUGGCGGUGCUGCGGCAGUCCGAUCCUCCCUCCUCCGGGAGCUUUGAUCCAAGUAUUGGGGAUUUAUUGAAGGGAUUGUUGGGGUUUAAUAAAGCCACCGGAUCGCCAUUUGCGAUUAACCCGUACCCGUAUUUUGCUUACAGGAGCGACCCGAGGCCCGAGACUCUUGCAUUCUGCUUGUUCCAGCCUAAUUCGGGCCGGGUUGAUUCUGGCUCCAAGAUCAAGUAUACUAACAUGUUUGAUGCUCAGGUGGAUGCUAUUAGAUCUGCAUUAGACGCUAUGGGAUUCAAUAGCGUCGAAAUUGUGGUCGCCGAAACAGGGUGGCCGUACAAGGGGGACAGCAAUGAGGUUGGCCCGAGCGUCGAGAAUGCAAAGGCUUAUAACGGGAAUUUGAUUGCACACUUGAGAUCUAUGGUGGGAACUCCAUUGAUGCCUGGAAAAUCCGUGGAUACGUAUCUCUUUGCAGUGUAUGACGAAGACCAAAAGCCCGGCCCAACUUCCGAGAGAUCAUUCGGGCUUUUCAAGCCCGACUUAACCAUGACCUAUGAUGUCGGGCUUUCCAAGACUAGCCAGACGACUCCAUCAACACCAAAAACACCGACGAUUAAUCCUGCCCCAAAGCCCGAGAAGGAAGCUUAUUGGUGCGUGCCAAAGGGAGGUGUAUCGGAUGCACAACUACAAGCAAAUUUGGAUUACGUUUGCGGACAAGGCUUAGACUGUAGCCCUAUCCAACCAGGUGGAGCUUGUUUCGAACCAUCCACAGUUGCUUCUCAUGCAAGCUACGCUAUGAAUGUCUUGUAUCAAUCUUCGGAGAAGAAACCGUGGAACUGUGAUUUCUCACAGACUGCCACUCUCACCUCCACUAAUCCUAGUUAUGAUAAGUGUAUUUAUCCUGGUGGAAGCUCAUGAGAGUGGAUAAAUUUGGUUAAGGCAUAUAUAUAAAGGGUAGAUAUGUAUUAUUAAUUUAUUAUUAAUGUGGAGAAAGGAAUAUAUUCAUUCUCACUCCUCACUCAAUUUCUGUGGAAAAGGUAGAGAUAAUAUGUAUUAUUAUUUUGCUCUUGCAAAGUUAUAUAUACUUUGUAUUUAGCUUCAAUUGUUCAUAUAAUAAGUCACAUGUAAUCGAAUAGUUUUCGUUCUUUGUUACUUAAUCUUCAUUAUACUUUGCCCGAAAACUUUCGAGAUUAUU